AUGUAAACAAUACCCAUUGAUCAAUUUACCCCGGCUGCCUUUUAUUUAACGAUUCGUGUUCAGAUCGAGCUAACUCCAGACGCUUGCGGCCAUAUAGAUACAAAUACGCAACGACGCACUGACAUUCCUUAUUUUACUGCGAACCGUUGCCAUCGUUUUCCGUUCCUGCUUGGUUAGGGUUGUUUCGUGUCAAAGUUCCGUAGGCAUAUAUAUAUUAUACUGACCAUUGAAAUGACGAAGGACCGAGUCUUGCUGUUAUAUACCUGCUGUACUUUGAUUCUGGGAUUCGUCAACGGAUAUGUCCGUAACCCCAUUGACAGAGCCGCACAAUAUGAAGAUGUGUUCCAAGAGAUGGAUAGUGCGGAACAGCGCAGAGAAGCGUCUGAUGACAAAUACGAGAAUUGGCCGGGACGUUGGAUGCCGUCGAGACCUGGAGAUCCAAAACCGCCUCCUAAGGUUCUGCAUAAAACCGGAGAGUUUAAGGAUUCCAAUUUUAAAAAGAAUCCAGUUGACAGAGUAGGCAUGGGAAUGCACGAGAGUGAGUGCGACGAUGGAGAAACUAACUUAAGAGUCGAUUGGGAUGGGUCACCGAUCAACUACACAUGCUACGAUAAAAGGAUUGUGCCUGACUAUUCUAUUAGCCCUAUGGUAUACUGCGAACAUAUACCGUCGGGAUAUAUGGCUAUCCACAAGUGUAUGACUGAAGCGAUCGAAUACGACGAUGAUAUUCCUAUGUAUGGUUCACACAGGCCAGUUUGGCCUGUUUACGGAGAAUACAAAUUUCUACCACGGCAAAGAUGGAUUCAUAGUUUAGAGCAUGGUGCAAUAGUUAUGUUGUACCAUCCCUGUGCUAAUUCACUAGAGAUAAAACGUUUGAAAAAACUGGUGGCCGGUUGUUUGAGACGACAUAUUAUAACGCCAUACUCGCUUUUGGAUGAGGAUCGACCUCUGGCAUUGGUCAGUUGGGGCUGUCGGUUGACAAUGUCGUAUGUGAAUCCUUCAGUGGUAAAACAAUUCAUUACUAAAAGAGCAUUGCGUGGUGCGGAAGCAAUCUCCGCUGAUGGCGAUUUUAUGGAAUUUCUUAUACAGUCGUCUAAAACGGUUACCGACGAAGACGAUACAACUUUGUGUCCGCAUAUGUAAUUGACGUUAAAGAGAAGAAUCUUCAGAGUCAUUCUUGUCUACUUUGCAUAUGGAACAAUGCGUCGACAUUUUCAACUUUUAGUACGUAUCGUUCAUUAAUCUCAGAUUAUAUUUACGAGAAUAGAAUCUAUAUCCAAAUCUUAAUAUCAUUUACGCUCAAUUGGUUCAAAGAAUUCUCUACAAAAAUAUUAGCAUAUAUAUUUAUGUAUUGCGUUAAAUGUAAUAUUAUACUUACGUAUAUUACACUUUCAACCAUUCUGAAGAGGAGUGAAGUGUGCAUUUAAUUGUAACAUCUCUUACAUCGUGAGAGUUGGGUACAGAAAUCGACCGAUCAGUGCUAACGUGAGUCGUAAAGAAUCUCACGAAUAUGAAUAAACUCCUCUAAUUUUA